AUUUAUUUAUUCAGGAACUCGUAACUCGUCUGACCGACGCCAUAAAACCUUCGGAAUUAUUAUAAGAUAUUUUGUGAAUAGACAUAAUUUAUAAUUUAGAAUCAUUAUGAUCAGUUUCAGUUUUAAAUGACGGAAAUUACAUGGAAUAUUUUCCAGUCAGGAACUUGAUGAUUCAGUUUUUGUCCAAUUGAUGUUUCAAUGAUAUCUAGUGUUGCUGUUCCGAAUACACCGAUUCAAGAUGAUGUGGCACGAGGCUCGGAAGCAGGAGAAGAAGAUUCGUGGGAUGCUGGUUGAUUAUAAGAAAAGAGCCGAGCGAAGGAGAGAUUACUAUGAAAAAAUUAAAGCUGAUCCCACCCAAUUUCUCCAACUUCAUGGCCGACCUGUUAAGGUUAGCUUGGACCCACAGGUUGCCAUUGCUGCCGAAGUCAAUAUGAUGCCGUGGCAAGGCAACCGUGACAUAAUGAUUGACAGAUUCGACGUGCGCGCGCAUCUGGAUUACAUCCCCGACGUGAGGCAUGAUGACGACUCGGGUGAUGGCGCCUCCAUGGAGGACAGACUGAUCAACUAUGAACGCUAUCGCAUUCUUGUGCAGAACGACUUUCUCGGUGUUCAGGAAGAAAAGUUCCUACGCCAGAUCUACCUGGAAGAACAGUUCGGUCCGGUGAUGAAACCCGAAUUACCGCCGGGCGUCGACACCAAACCGAAAAAAGGUGCCGGCGUCGCCAUUGGCUACAACUACGACGAACCGGGUGAGGUUGGCAGCACUGCAGCAGGAUUGAGCCAAGAUGGCGUCGGCGCAGUGGAUGGCAGCCCUGUUUUGGCGGGAAUCGAGUUGGCGGCCGCCCAAGAGAAGAACGGAAGUGAUGGUGAGGGGGGUGGUGAGGAUGGAGAUGAUGAUGAUGAUGACGACGAUGAUGAUAGUGAUGAGGAUGUGGAUUUUGACUUGUGCGUGGACGUGUCGAAGAUCGGCAACCAGCAGGCGCGCGAGAUGAAUGUGUGCGCACACGUGUAUGGCAUGCAAAGCAACGACUUCUUCAGCUUCCUCACCAACGACAUCGAGGAGGCAGAGAACCUCCGGCUGGCCAGGGAGCGCGAGGAGGAGAAGGCCAUGUAUUCGGGUCGUAAAGCGAGACGUGAGAGAAGAGCAUACAGAGAUAAGAAACUGGCAGGCAGAAAAAUAAGCCCACCUAGCUAUGCUUCUAGACAAAGUCCGACCUAUUUCGCAUAUCGAGAGUCAAAAUCGAAUUCUCCGUCGAAGUCGAAAUCCCGUUCACCCUCUCCUUCCAACACGGGCCAAGUGACCUACAUCACAAGUUUUGGUGGCGAUGAAGCCACGCCCACAGAAACUCCCAAACUAAGUCAGAACAGUUCAGCAUCGAAUUCUCGAACCCUCAGGUAUAAAUCGAGGUCUGAGAAAACAUCUGAUCGAAGAUCAAGAACAAGAAGUCCACCGCACACUGUCACUCAUAGACGACGGUCGAGAUCCGAUUCAAGGUCACGAAAUAGGUCGAGGUCACAGAAUAGGUCACGUGAUCUGGCGACUUCAAGGUCAGCAGCUGGUAGCAGUGGUGGUGGGGAGAGGUGGAGGUCACACCGGACACAUUUUCACAGGAGAAGUUACAGAGAUUCCAGGUCUAGAUCACGCAGUAGAAGCCCGAGGAGAAGACGGUCUUACUCCAGAUCAAGAAGUGGAUCCCCAAAUAAAAGAUCAUAUGGAAGACCUCCUCCACUUGACAAGUCGCCAAGCCCACAGAUGAUCAGAAGUAUCGAAGUCCCUGCACCGCCUGUCAUCACCAGAUACUAUGGUAGAAAUAACAGAGAUUCUUCCUCAGAACUGAGCUAUUCAAGCGAGAGUGAAUCUGUUCAGUCUUCCACAAAUACCAAUGUAUCGUCUACGCAAAAUAAACCUGUACCUGACAAGAACGCGCGAUCAGUGUUUGGUAAUUCAAGUGGCAGAAACAAACCUUCCACUUCAUCGGCACCUAUAGUCAAAAGUACUCCACAAGAACGGCUUAAGAAGAAAAUGCAAGCAUUGCUAAACCGCCAAUACAAAGCUGAUAAGCGAGCAGAGAGAGAACGCCUGGAAAAGGCCGAACAAGAUAGGUUGGACAGAGCUGAAGAGAUGCGAGAGAUAUCUAUCAAAAUGCGAAGACGGGAACGUAUCAAGCGGCACCAGAACUAUUUGGAGGAUAAUGAUGAAAGGGAUCUGAGUUCGGUCUCUUCGGGCUCUCUCUCUCCCGCGUCUAGCCCUGAGCGUACUUCCAGUCUGAAAAGUAGACGGAGAUCGCGUUCUCGCUCUCGCAGUGCCCCUCCGCCCCCUCUUCCUCCUCUGCCUUCCUACUCGUCCUCCUCCUCUUCCUCCUCCUACCGACGUCGCAGUCGCAGUCCGCCCCCGGCUAGGGGGGGCAGGUCCCGGCCCCCUCACCACAGCCCCCAUGAUAGCAGGCGACACAGGCCUCUAGUCGACUACUAGCAACUGUGCCCACGAUGCUCAUGCGUUGGUAAACAGUUUUUUGUUGAAUGCACUUACUACUAUUAUAUUUUUAAGUUAAGAAUUGUCUUGGUUUCGAUUUUUUUCAUGUAUCAAUGUUGUUCACGAGUUAAUCUAGUUUCUAAAUUAUUGAAGGAACUAUUAAUUCAAUUUAAAUCUAUAAGUUGAUCCAAUAAGUUUAAUUGUAGUACCAUGAUUUCCUUCCAUGACAGACCAUAUCCCACUGUAUUAUAAAUCAAUGGUUGUAUAAGAUGAUAUUCUAUAUUUCUUCCUAUAUUUCUUACCAAUUUAUUGAUAUUGUGAAUUAAAUAAUGAUAGUAUUCUGAUUAUUGAUAUUAUAUUAGCAAUAUGAGGGAAUCAAAGUCAGACUUCCUCAAUUUCAUACAUAAUGUAAAAAACAAUUUUAAAGGAACUACAUGUUUUUGUGGUUAUUCCCUUUUAGAAUUGAUCUUAUCCUCACUAUUUUAUCCUCUUGAAUGUGAGGUUUAUGAGUAAUGAUUCGACGAUUACGGAAGAAUAAUUUUGACGCUUAUGGGAGUGUUUAAACGUGUGCAGUGUAAACAUUCCUAUACGUGCCAAGUGUAUUCUUUAAUAGUCGUCGAAUCAUCACGCUUAAA